AUGCCAUCUACCUCCGCGGCUUUGACGCCUGGUCUGGCGUCUUUUCUCAAGUCCCUCAAGACCACUCCAAUCGACACAUCCAUUGACAACCUGAUAUCGCUUCUCAAGCGGAGACAGAUCCGUCAUUCCAGGUCAUGCGCUACCGCGACCGCUUACCUUCUCCUCCGCGUCAUCUCAGCUUGCAGGACGACAGAUGCAGCUAAGCUGAUUGAACGGGUGCAGAGUGUGGGGAGGCGAUUGGUGGCCGCUCAGCCAAGAGAGAUGGUGGUUGGAAACAUCGUCCGUCGUGUACUUGGUCUCAUCCGCGACGAAGCUGAGGACGAGAGAGAUGGUGAUUUCACUCUCAGUGAUGCUGGAUCUGAAGGUCAGCCUCAAACGCCUCGUGUUCCAGAAGACCCGUCCGAUCAAUUGUCAUUCCGCCAUGAGGGCUCUGAGCGGUCGUCCUCAAGGCCUCCUUUCACUUCGCUGGCCACCACCCCAAUCUCAAUGUUCAAUUUGCUCUCACAUCCGGAGCCUGAAACAUCGCUCCCCGGUACUCCCGCAUCAGCGUCUCCAUCCGGUAGAUUACUGGGACAUGCUCCGAGUAGGGAUAUUCGCGCCGAAGUCCUGGACGGAAUUGGAGAGAUCAUCGAUGAACUGGGCCAGGUGGACGACCAAAUUGCGGCCUAUGCUCUCGACCACAUCCACUCCAAUGAAAUAAUCCUCACCCAUACUUCCUCCACAACCGUUCAGAAGUUCCUUCUCAAGGCCGCUGCAAAGCGCAAGUUCACCGUGAUCCAUGCUGAAUCCUACCCCAACAACCACGAAGCGACGCACACCACCGUUAGCGGCGCCACCUCCAGUGAUGAAGAAAUACUCAGCACCGAUUCAUUUCAAAAGCCGUUGAUCGCCCUGGGGAUUACGGUCAUUCUAAUCCCAGAUUCGGCCGUCUUUGCACUCAUGUCCAGAGUCAACAAGGUUAUUCUGGGCACGCACUCUGUCCUAGCCAACGGCGGGCUGGUGGCCGCAGCCGGAACCCGGGUCAUUGCUCGUGCUGCAAAGGUGCACCAGACCCCCGUUGUUGUGGUCAGCGGUGUAUACAAACUCAGUCCCGUGUAUCCAUUUGACUUCGAGUCUUUGAUCGAAUAUGGAGAUGCCAGCAAGGUCAUCCCAUAUGAGGAUGGGGAUCUGAUGGAUCAAGUCGAUGUGCAGAACCCUCUGUACGAUUAUGUUCCUCCGGAACUGGUUGAUCUUUACAUUACCAAUCUCGGCGGCCAUGCGCCAUCAUAUCUGUACCGGAUCGUGUCAGACCACUACCGCAAGGAAGACAUCAACUUCUAG